UCAAGAGCAGGGUUUUGGCGAAAGGGAAACAUAGGGGACCCGAAGAUCUAAAGGAGAAGGGAGAAUAUUACAACACACUCUGGAUUUGAAAGUAACAUUGACAUUAUUUAUGCAUUUAAACUGUACUUUACGUUUUAUCGGUGGAGUGGAAGGAUCUGUCGGUAAAAGCAGGACUGUGUAAAACUAAUAGGGUGAGUGGGGAUUGGAGGAAGCGCGCGUCGUCGGGUCAAAAUGUCGAUUCAGUACGAAGUGGAGCCGCUGGCAGACAGCUACGGGGUAGCGGACUCGUUUCCCAAAGAUUUUGGCUAUGGAGAAGAGGAGGCCGACAUCGAGGAUAGCCCAACUCCAUCUGACAGUAAACCUAGAAUUCUGUUGAUGGGUUUGCGGAGAAGUGGCAAGUCGUCAAUACAGAAGGUGGUAUUCCACAAAAUGUCUCCCAACGAGACGUUGUUCCUGGAAAGCACCAACAAGAUCUACAAGGACGACAUCUCCAGUAGCUCAUUUGUCAACUUCCAGAUCUGGGACUUCCCGGGUCAAGUGGACUUCUUCGACCCCACCUUUGACUACGAGAUGAUCUUCAGAGGCACGGGGGCUUUGAUAUUCGUCAUUGACGCACAGGAUGACUAUGUGGAGGCAUUGGGCAGACUCCACCUCACCGUGUCGCGGGCCUACAGGGUCAACCCUGAGAUUAACUUUGAGGUGUUCAUCCACAAAGUGGACGGCCUCUCCGACGACCACAAGAUCGAGACCCAGAGGGACAUCCACCAGAGAGCCAACGACGACCUGGCAGACGCCAGCCUAGAGAAGCUUCACCUCAGUUUCUAUUUGACAAGUAUCUAUGACCACUCGAUAUUCGAAGCCUUCAGUAAAGUGGUCCAGAAGCUUAUCCCACAGCUGCCAACACUGGAAAACCUUCUAAACAUCUUUAUAUCCAACUCCGGCAUAGAGAAGGCCUUUCUGUUUGACGUGGUCAGUAAGAUCUACAUCGCUACAGACAGCAGUCCGGUGGACAUGCAGUCUUAUGAGCUGUGCUGUGACAUGAUCGACGUGGUUAUAGAUGUCUCCUGCAUCUAUGGUCUGAAGGAGGACGGCAGUGGUAGUGCCUACGACAAGGAGUCCAUGGCCAUCAUCAAGCUGAAUAACACCACAGUCCUCUACCUGAAAGAGGUCACCAAGUUCCUGGCGUUGGUCUGCAUCCUCCGAGAGGAGAGCUUUGAGCGCAAAGGCUUGAUAGACUACAACUUCCACUGUUUCCGGAAGGCCGUCCACGAGGUGUUUGAGGUGGGCGUUUCCACACCGUGGACGGGCUCCCAGGCGGCCGGCACGCCCUGCACCAAGGCUGUGACACUCAACGGCACCCCCCGGAGCACUGUCUAAACACAGAUGGACAGACAGACAGACAGACCGACAGAGAGAGGAAAGGAAAGAAAGAUGGGGAGGGAGCGUGCGGAAAAGACUAAUGGAUUGGGGUUUUCAGUAAACCAAUCAUAUCUCUCGCUCCCAGAUCCUAAAAAUCACAGGAAGAGGACUAGAGCAAAAAAUUCAAAGGAAGAGUCAGCGCUGAACCCAAAGCCCAGAGGGUAAGGAGGAUUGCGAGCUUACAAAGCUAGGAUGGAAGGGAAACUAAAUGCAGAGAUACUAGGAACAUUCGUAAAUUUCGUGUGAAUACAAGGCAUUGUUUUCUCGGCACCGUUUGCCACCAGUAAAAACAGCGAAAUGAAAGUCCAACAGGACUGCUAUACGCAAGCAAAAGCGUAUUUGGCAUUUGGGAACUUUCAGUGAGAAAAGGCCUCGCGUGCUGCAAGUCCCAAGAGCCCUGAGGAAGCUUGAUAAUAUCGCUGUCUGUUUUAGCUGCUGGUUCAUCCAUGUGAAGAACUACUUUUAAAAAAUUUAAACAUUGAUGUAACCCUCGAUAAGGAGAAGAAACUGCAAAGUCUGUACGGGGAUCAGUAUAGUUGUGUAACCCUGUGCAGACUUAUGAGUCAAUCUCUAAGAAAUGCUUGGUGUUUAUCCAAAACGCACAUAGUAACACUUUCUCAAGGCCUUAUUUAGAUUGAGCUUGCCUGUUGCAAGCUUUCUCUCACUACUCACUCACCUGUAUGCUGCCCAAGACUUUGCUUCUGGUUUCACUACUUCUGAAGAAAACAGGGUUCCUCAGAGUGCUAAAGGGAUUGUAGUGUCCACUUGUUCUUCGUGUGUGUGUGUUGAGUACGUGUGUGUGUGUGUGGCUGGAAAAUAGGAUAGUUUGUGAUUAUGGAUUCAUGACUGUGCCCCAUCAUGUUGGUUUGCCAGUGUAUGCCCUAUGCUCAAAGUUGCUGUUGUGUCAUACUGUAUAAUGCUAUGCCAUGUUGGAAAACUGAGCUAAAAAAUAAACCUGUGAUCAGUGAUGCUUAUAAAUUUUGAAACAACAUUAUAGAUUCUAACUACAAUAUGUUGCAGUUGGAUAUCUGAUUCAUUAGAAUCUUGCACAUACAACAUAUUCUAAAUAUAGUAUUCUGGAAAUAUCCCAUUGCAUUGGCUUAUUCUCUUGGCUUGGCUAUCAAAUGAUGUAUGGAAUACAAUCACAUUCUAUAUAUAUAUAUAUAUAUCCCUUGUGCAUACAGUAGUCAGUUUAGCAAUAUUUUCUGGCACCGAAUCGUAAUACUGCCCCGCAUGGAUGCUUGCCUUAGACCAAAUGCUAAUAACACCCAACCAACUGUGCCAAUCUUCAACUGUGUGCAACUCAUACAUGUAUGACAUCACAAGUUCUUUGAGCAUGACCCUUCUCUUUACUGAGCAGGUGGAGUCCGAUGCCAUUAGGAAUGAGCUAGUCUGGUCCCAGAUCUGUUUGUGCUGUCUUGCCAAGGCGUGACAAUGAACAGAAGAGUUGGCAAGAAGGCACAAACAGAUCUAGGACCAGUCUAACUAGGAAAGGUCUCUGAUGGGAUCUAUAUAUUCUGGUUGUGUGGCAUCAAUGGACAUAUAAUUUCAUGAUGGUUAUAAUGAUGAACAGAAUGGUGGCAAUGAAAUGCUGGUCACCACUUCUUCAAACCCUGCCUUAUGUGACUGGUCGAUACACUCACUCAUCCCCAUCGCGCCGUCUGGCGCAUAUAGGACAGCAACAACUGCUUUCCACUUCUGGCGCUUCUUUGGCAAUCUACUCUACUGUGCUCGAGCUCUCCUGGUGUUGGAGAUCAGCAUUCCGGUGUCUAUAUUAGGUCAGUCUCAGAGUCACAAGGAGUUGGGCCAUUGCUUCUGGUUUGUCUGAGGAGUUUGGCGUUUAAUGCGUUAGGCCAACAGAUGUGGAGUGUUCUUCGCAGACAAGAUGUGUGGAAGGUGAAUUGUUUGUUGAGGUCCAGUUCAGUCACUUUCCAAUACUCUGUACCAUAUAGCACAACUCUGGUGGAUUUAGAAUUAGGUCUUUGUGCUAUUAUCUAUUACCUUGAAUUACAAAUUUGUUGGAACAUUGUGAAGGUUUCACUUUAGCUGAGGGUUCUGCGGCAAGGACUUGUCAGUUUUAUCACAGCAAUCCACACGAAAAACACGAAACGCAGCAUGAAGCCAAUAUGAAAACCCAUUCCAAGCAUGUAUGCAAUAAUGUGUCAUCAAGCUGAAUUAUUCUCAGCAUAGCAUUGCUCAUUGUAUUUCACUGUGGGUAGGGGAGACCAGGUCUAACAAUGAAACUGAAACGUGGGAAAAAAUGACCAAAUUUCAUUAUUCUGCCCUGAACGCAAGAAAGGUGUUGUUUUUUGCCUGUGUUUGUUUUGUUCAUUUGAUUUUUGCAAAUAGUAGACAUUUGGGACUAUAGUAAAUCCACUGUUGUCAGUUCUGCCAGAGGUUUUAUCAUUCACAUGAAAUAAACACUUGCACAUCAAAA